ACUCCAGAACUAUACCACAGUACUAAACACAUUCUCUACACCCUCCUAAUAAUAGCCAUACACCCAAAUUACUUCCUGUCAAAAUGGCACACCUCUCAGAGGCAGGAACCAAGAGAACCCUCCGACACCUCUUCCUUCUCUGCCUCCUCCUUCCAUGUCUCUCCCAGCCCAUCCCGGCUCCUUCCCCCUCGCCGACGGCGCCGCCAUCGCUGCCGCUCUCGCCGUUCAACGACCGCCUCGACGUGGCGUACAUCGCGCUGCAGGCGUGGAAGCACGCCAUCACCGAGGACCCCAAGAACCUGACCGCCGACUGGUGCGGCCCCUUCGUGUGCAACUACACCGGCGUCUUCUGCACGGCCGCGCCCGACGACCCGCACAUCCUCACCGUCGCCGGCGUGGACCUUAACCACGGCCGCAUCGCGGGGUUCCUCCCCGACCACAUCGGCCUCCUCGCCGACGUCGCGCUCCUCCACCUCAACUCCAACCGCUUCCACGGCACGCUGCCGGCGUCCAUGCAGCACAUGCGCCUCCUUUACGAGCUCGACGUCAGCAACAACCUCCUCUCCGGCGCGUUCCCAUCGUUCCUCACCUCGCUGCCAUCGCUCAAGUACCUCGACCUGCGGUUCAACCACUUCGACGGGCAACUCCCCGACGCCGUGUUCGGCCGGCAGCUCAGCCUGGACGCGCUGUUCGCCAACAACAACCGCUUCAACGUGUCCCUGUCGUCGCAGAGCCUGACCAACUCGACGGCCUCGGUGAUCGUGCUCGCCAACACCGAGCUCGCCGGCUGCUUGCCGCCGAGCAUAGGCGACAUGGCCGACACGCUGGUCGAGCUCAUCCUCCUGAACGCCAGCAUCAGCUCCUGCAUCCCGCCUGAGAUCGGCAAGCUCAAGAAGCUCAGGGUGCUGGACCUCAGCCGCAACGACCUCGCAGGGGAGCUGCCGGAGAGCAUCGGCGACAUGGAGAGCCUGGAGGUGCUCAACGUGGGGUACAACAUGCUGUCCGGCGUGGUGCCAGAGAGCAUCUGCGAACUGCCGAAGCUCAAGAACCUCACCAUCGCCGGUAACUACUUCUGCGACGAGCCGGUGUCCUGCCUCCACGUGCCCCUGCGCGACGACCGCAUGAACUGCAUCCCCGAAUGGCCCCACCAGCGCUCGCAUGAGGAGUGCAUCGCCUUCGAACACCGCCCGCCGGUGCACUGCGGCGCCGACGGCUGCAUUCUUCCGCCGUGAAGCUCUCGCCUGUUUGCACCGGCCCUGGUGUGUACGCACGAACGUACAUGAUCAGUCGUAGCUGGAGGAGACUGGGAAGCUGCAUGCCUUCAUGCAUGGCCAUGUGGGUCUAGGAAUAGUGGUCGUGCUACAAUUAAAAUGGGUUGCUAAAGACAAAGUUAAUUUGAAUUACAAAAAUUCCUCGCAAAAAAUGAAUUAAAAAUUUGCGAGAGUUUGAUGAUUUGUGUCUUCGGUGUCAAACGUGUAUUUGGUAGGUAGAAGGAUUGCGAGUGGGUAUAUUAGGUUUUGGCUUUUGUUCUUUUCCUUAAGCUUUUCUUACCUGCACAUAAAGGCACAUGACUGAUGUAGCACAACACAAAUGUGACAUGUAACUAUGGCUAAAUAAGAAUUUGAAUAAGGGAAACGAAGUCUAUGUUCUCUGAA